CCACCUCCACCACCACACUUCCAGCUGGAUUGUGGUCAGAGUGAACCUGACUCCUGUGUGGUGAAGGUUCUUGACGUUCUCCAGAAGUUGUUUUCCAACUGCUAGUGGUGGCGUGAGGCGAGAACGUGACCAACAUUUCCAUCAUGAUGCUGCAGACGGGAUGAUGGCACCUUCCUGUGUGGUGGUGGUGAUGGUGGUGUUGGCGGCCAUGAUGGUGAUGAUGGUAGAUGCGCAGGUGAAGAUGAUGGGACGGGGUCGUCGCCCCCAGGAGUCCCCAGACCCCACCACCAAUGUGCGUCGUCUGCUGGGUGGUGGUCGGAGGGUACGGUCCCUGGAAGAUGAGCGGGUUGCAAGUAGUGUGGUGGUGACGGACCCGACGCCUCUGCUGCUGGCCGAGGUUUUGCGGGAGUUGGGUGGUGACGCCCUUGGUCCAUGUCACGUUCUGCUUUACUACGACCCUAAGGCAGCGUCCCCAGAUGAGUUAGCCAGUCUGCGCAGCGCCCUGGACGCUCCCAUCAUCCUGGUAGAUGUGAGCAAGCUGAAGUUCCCUCUUAUAACUAAGGUGAGGCGGCGGGUGCCCCUCCUCGACCUCCUCUCCCAUCGGCCUGACAAUCGGUGUCGGCUGCUAGUGGCGUGGUCAUCCAGCAACUACCAGCGCGGCCUUCUCCUGAUGGCUCGGGCAGAACCGGGCGUCCUGGGCUUCAGGGACAUCCUAGUCCUCCCUGUCACUGACCAGCGCCUCGACCGCUUCAUGCCGCAAUUAAGACGUCGAAUUCUGGUGAAGAGGCUGAGGUCACACAGGGGGCGAGGACGACGAGACUUGAGUCCCGCCAGGUUCCUGGUGGAGGGUGCGUGUGAGGUGUGCCCCAAAUACUCCUUGACCCGUCUGGGGGAGUGGAAAUACCCUGGGGGCUGGAAGUGGGGAGGAGCAACAACGCAUGGCCAGGGACUCUCAGGAGGUGCUCUUACUGUGUCCUACACGCCCUCCGUCCCUAAUAUAUUCCCGGUGGAUGAUGGGGAUGGUAAGCUGCGUCUAGAAGGCGUAGAACUGAGACUGCUGCAAUAUGCAGCUCAGGCCCUGAACUUCAGCUACCGUCUGGUAGUGCCAGCUGACGGGGAGUGGGGCCGCCCUCUUAACGGCACAUGGACGGGCAAAGUCGGCGAAAUUGUUCGUGGGCGGGCAGACAUUGCUGUAGGUGGUCUGGUGUACACAGAAGAGAGAGCUUCGGUCACUGAAUACUCCAUCUUGUUUCAUAAUGAGUUGUGGGGCAUCGUGUGCCCCCUGUCGGUACGCCUGCCAAUGUGGCCAUUCAUCAUGUUUCCCUUCAGGACAGACACGGCUCCUUCAGUCUUCACUGUGUUGGUGCUGCUCUACGUGAUGACUCUUGUGGUGCCGCGAGGCCCCAGAGACCCACAACUGGAAAGUGUAGUUAGGGUUGUGGGUGUUGGUGUGUCCAUCUACCUCCGCCUCAUGGCCUGCAUCUACUUCUGGAACAUCUACUACUACCUUCUCAAACCAAAAUAUGAGCCGCCGGUGGACACGUCGACUGCGCUGCUACAAUCAAACUAUGACUGGGGUGUUGUGACUGGCACCACUGUAACGAAAGUGCUCGGCUCCUCACGAAAUCCCGCUCACAGGCUCCUUACAGGAAAGGCUAAACCUCUCAUCUCCAUUACUGAAGGCUUCCAGCGCCUCCGUGAAGAUGGUUUAUGUCUGUUGGGAGUUCCCAAGAGGUACGCUCGAGCCACCAUCGCCAUGCGUCACACCACCGAGUGCGGAGAACCAGGCCUGCAGGUAACCACCGAGGACCUUAACUCUGUGUUGGGUGGGUGGGUACUGCCCCGGGGGUCUCCUCUCAUCCCACACAUCAAUUCCAUCAUCUUCCGCCUACAGACUUUUGGGCUACUAGAACACUGGCGGCGGGAGUUUCACGAGUUGCUCAUCACCCGCGGCCCCCGAGACUUGCCGUGCCUCAACCCUCCUCUCGCCGCCCUCAACAUCCUUGAUCUGAGACUGGCAGUCCUCCUACUGUUUUGUGGCUGGGGUCUGGCCUUCCUCGUGUUCGUAGGGGAGCUCUUCGCUUAUGCCAUCUACUCGGGCGGCGUCAAGAUGGUGCAAAUCAACGACGACGUCCAAUCCGUCACAUCCACACCUCCCAGCAGCGGGAGACGCAGUAGUCUCCGUCAGUGGCUGAGAACACUUGUGUCCCCGAUUCCUUCUAUAAAUAUCAGUGCCAAAGAAGCAUCUUUUCGAAGUCAACUAAAUACCAUCCUUAAAGAAAUCUGGGGUUUUGAUUUGAAAUGAGAAAAAGCCCCAGAGGCGAAGGUCGCCUGGCCCUCGCCUCUGGGGCUCUCCAGGGGUCGUCACACCCCGCCUCUGGGGCUCUCCAGGGGUCGUCACACCCCGCCUCUGGGGCUCUCCAGGGGUCGUCACACCCCGUUUCUCCCUCCUCCAGCCUCACACCGGCCUUCACCUGAUGCUACUGAAGUAGCCGUCCACCCGUCACAGGAGGUGGAUAUUCCUGCCCUACACAAGUCAGAAGGCACCAUGGGGUCGGUGUUCAUGGUAGUGUCGCCCAGGGCUCCCACACGUCCCGGCAACAGCUCCACCACCGUCCAGCCUCACCGCAGCUCCAUGUUCGCCGCUCCGCUGCCUCAAGGUACUACUCCCCUCCCCAGGCACGCCUCACUGCCGUCCCAGCCAGUAGACAGUUCCCCCAGCAUCCCCAUCUACUACCCGGACAAGCCCACGUCACCAGCCCAGACCCCCCCAACCCUGACCUUCAGGCGACGUCAGGACCUGCCCGCCGCUGCCAUAAAAUACAUGGCUGACGACGCAGAAUACUACAGUGCUGACGAGGACCCAAACUGACUAGACGAUGCGUGACACUGGGCCCCGAUGUGGGUCGGUGACCUGUGCCUGGGUCUCCAUGUGACAUCAAUCUACACCUAGCUGCCAGUUCACCACAGAAGUACCACAGGUCACCAGGUACAUUGACAGCCAAGACUUCAGGUUACCAGGUCCAGCAUCAGCCAGGACUUCAUCAGGUCCGGUGUCAGCCAGAACUUCAGGUCACCAAGUUCAGUAAACAAAAGCAGUGACGUCUUGUGCCUAGUGACUGUUUGACUCACAGUGAAAUUAUGCAAUAUUUAACAUGUGCCACUUAACUACUACCAAGGUAAAUGCAUCAUGGGAGAGACGUUUGAUAUUGUGUCAAGGAGCAUAACAGUGACAGCCUGUUUGGGGCAGUACGGUUGAGCAUUAACAAAGGGAGUAAUAAAUACUUAAGAUGUCAUAUUAGAGGGAUGGUUAGCUAACAUAAAAUCAAAUAAUCAUGCGGGAAAGUUAACGAGUUCAUACAAGUCAGUCUUAUAAAGUUGACUUAUUAUCAAAACCUUAAAGACCAAGGUUAGUUGACGAGUAAUUUUCUAAGUUGUCCUUGAAAGUGCUGUCGGUAUGUGACAUAUUUUCCUCCACCAUAUAAAACGAAAACAAAAAACAAUGAAUUUUUAUCUUUAACUGCAAUAUAUAAAUUCACUCGUAUUUUAAUCAAAGUUUAUUUACUUUGGGAUGGGCCUUUUUAUGUGUUUAUGAGUACCUAUCAUGACGUAACGACAAACCAAAGUGCUGUAGUUUUUAAGAUGAUUUUUUUUUUUGCAAAAUAAAUCUGAAAAUUUGUUUUAUUGAAAUAAACAAAAAACUUUAAAAAUAUCUGGGAUUGACCAUAAGUUGUCUUACUCCUGUUUUUGGUUUACAUUGUUUCUUGUUUCUUUUGCUUGGCUACUGAGCGCCUUGCUGACCAUGAUGAAAUCAGUAAUUACAUUUCACUUCUUGAAAUUCAGUAAAAGAUCAAUAAUAUUUUAGUUUUAUA